AUGCCUACGGUUGCAUACGCAGGUAACAAUCUGGACCCGUAUUUCCAUGGACAAGGCACGUCGUACACUCUUGGGCAAGUCUCGAGUGGCGACUGCAACUUCAUGUACGACCCUGGUGUGGGCGACAACUACGCUGCGUUGAGUAGUGAUCAAUCGGAGUCAACUCUCAAUUGUGGUCGAUGUGCGGAAGUCUCGUGUGACGACUCUCAGUGUAGUGGGGACGCGGCUCGCUCUGCUCUUGUCUACAUUGUGGACAAGUGUUCAGGAUGCGCUCAUGGCGCCCUGGGCUUGUCCCCAACAGUCUUUGGACAGCUUCGAGGCAACAGUGACCCGUCCGAAUACGCGAUUAAGUGGAAAUUUGUCGAUUGUCCCGUGACGGGGAACAUUCAGUACUGCACCAAGAGUGGCAGCAGCAACUUGUGGUUAGCUGUACAACCAGCCAACUUGGUCAGUGGCAUCGCGAGUGUGAAGAUUGCCAACCAAGCCGUGAAAACGGUGGACUCAAGCUACUACUUUUUGCUCAGUAGCGGUGCGAACAUUGACAUGUCGGCUGUAGAGAUUGAGGUCACGUCUGUUUCUGGUGAGACGAUCACGGAGAAGUUGGCACUGACGGCCGACACGUGCACAGGUGGCACGUCUAACUUUGGAGUAGGCGUCACGCAGAACUCGAUGAGUCGAAGAGAAUCGAGUCCAAGCAGUCCGGUAAACGACCAAACGCCGACAACGGACCCGAUACCAGCUUCAGCUCCAUCUGCAGCUGGCAGUGCUGUAUUCAACCAGCAGACCGAAGUCAACAGCUACUUUGGCCGUCUGAAUCAAAAUGGUUCUACAGGUGGAGCUGGGAAGGUCAUUGCAGCCAACGAAUCGAGCCGUGAAGUGUCCAUCUUGCAGUCGAGUGAAGAUCGUGUUGAGAAAACACCCGCGACGCAAUCUCACCAGCCAGAUACAGGGAAUGACAUCAAGGAGAUCACUACCAAGUCGAGCGAUUUUUCGCCGCACACGAGUCCCGUUCUCGUGUCGUUUGUGGUUUUAGCGGUCGUGGGUGGUGUCGCUUCAGCUGUCGUCGCUUACACGGUCAAGAAGAAGGUUCUGGAUGACAAGCGCGAAGGCUUCGAUCGAUCAUUUGAUACCUUGAGCUCUCCUGUUAAUAUCGACAUGACUAUUGCAAAGAUUUAA